UUAACAUUCGUCCACGCCUUUCUUGUUCCAAAAAUCAGUGUCUUUUUUUAAUUUUUCUUUUUCUUUUUUGUAAUCGGACAUGGAUCCUCCACCAAAGAGCUGGAGUAUCCAUACCCGAUCCGAGAUAUCGGCGAAAUACGAGGUUCUGGAGCGGGUCGGGUCGGGUGCAUACGCCGACGUGUACCGUGGGCGGCGUUUAUCGGACGGCUCGGCGGUGGCGCUGAAGGAGGUCCACGACUACCAAUCGGCGUUCAGGGAAAUCGAGGCGUUGCGGGUCCUUCAGGGGUCACAAAACGUCGUCGUAAUGCACGAGUUCUUCUGGCGUGAGGAUGAGAAUGCAGUGAUCGUGCUCGAGUUUCUGAGAACCGACCUCGCCACCGUGAUCAAGGAAGCUUCUGCUGCUGCUAAUGGUGGUGGCCUUGGUAUUGGGGAGGUUAAGAGGUGGAUGAUGCAGGUUCUUAGUGGGGUUGAUGCGUGCCAUAGGAACAUGAUUGUGCAUAGGGACUUGAAGCCUUCGAAUUUGUUGAUUUCCGAUGAUGGGGUGCUCAAAUUGGCAGAUUUUGGACAGGCAAGGAUACUUAUGGAGCCUGGAUUUGAUGCUAGGGAGGAGAACACACUACCAUACGAGCAUGAUGUUUCAAAUCGUGAAACUUCACUCCAACAUCUUCAAGAGCAUGGAACCGUGAGUCACGAAGAAUAUUUUAGAGUUUUAGAUGAGAUGAAAACUAACAUCUCCACAUAUGACACUGAUAAGGAUACAUACGUUCAAGAUGGUAAUACCUCAUGUCUUGCAACAUGCACAACAAGUGACAUAGAUGAUGAUAUCUGGAAAGCUUCAUUCACAUAUGAAGCAGAUGAAGAGGGAGGGAAUGAACUUGGUUGUCUCACAUCAUGUGUUGGAACUCGUUGGUUCAGGGCUCCUGAACUACUUUAUGGAUCCACAGACUAUGGUUUAGAGGUUGAUCUUUGGUCAUUGGGAUGUGUCUUUGCUGAGCUCUUAACUCUGAAUCCCUUGUUUCCUGGAACAUCUGAUAUAGAUCAACUUAGCAGGAUUAUAAGUGUUUUGGGCAACCUCAAUGAGGAAGCAUGGCCUGGUUGUUCAAAACUUGCUGAUUAUGCAAGAAUCUCAUUUGGGAAGGUGGAAAACCCUACUGGUCUUGAAGCCUGCAUGCCCAAUUGCUCUUCUGAUGAAGUUUCUCUUGUCAAAAGAUUGGUUUGUUAUGAUCCAGCUAGGAGAGCCACAGCAAUGGAGUUACUGCAUGACAAGUACUUCAGUGAAGAACCUCUUCCUGUUCCUAUUUCUGAGCUGAGAGUUCCUUUGACCAGAUAUGGACAAGACCAGGAUUCCCUUGAUGGGUUUCAUGGUUACAAUGAAAGGGGUUCUGAUUCUGAUUUUGAGGACUUUGGUACUAUGAAUACCACCAAAACUGGUGCUGGUGCUGGUUUCUCUAUACAGUGAACCAAGGAUAUUAUGCACCAUGAAUUCUGUUUUAUUAAAAAAAAUUGAAUUCAAGGGGCAUUGUAUUCUUGGAAAAUUUGCCAUUUAUGUUGUUCGAUUGGUAUUUUAUUUGCUGAACUUCACCUGGGAAAUCCGUGGUUCGAAUUUUUUUAAGAAAAUCUCUUUUACUUUUUAUUUUUUUAUAGAUUGAAUUGUGAACAAAGGACAAAUUAUUGAGAAGUAAGCAUUGUAUAAUAUAUGUCAAGUUACCAUGUUAUCAUUGGUGCAGAACUCUUCUUGAAA